AUGCUUCUUUCAAAAGUUAUAGUUGUAGCUUUAUCCUGUGCAUUUUUGCUAGGAGCUGCACCAUUAGCCUAUGGUCAGCUUAGUCCAACAUUUUAUGAUGAAAAAUGUCCAAAUGUGACCAGCAUCAUACGUGAGAUCAUCACAGAUACCUUGUCAUUCGAUCCUCGGAUUGCUGCCAGCCUCAUUAGGCUUCACUUCCAUGAUUGCUUUGUUAACGGUUGUGAUGCAUCAAUUUUGUUGGACAACUCUGACGAUAUAGAAAGUGAAAAGCAAGCUGCGCCAAACAAUAACUCUGUAAGAGGUUUUGAUGUUAUUGAUAGAAUGAAAGCCAGGUUGGAGAGUGAAUGUCCUGGCGUCGUUUCAUGUGCUGAUAUCCUCACUGUUGCAGCUGAAGAAUCUGUUGUUUUGGCAGGAGGUCCCUCAUGGGCAGUUCCUUUAGGAAGAAGAGAUCGCAGAACCGCAAACCAGUCUGCAGUAGUUGAUUUCCUUCCAUCCCCUUUCGAAACCCUUGAUCAAAUCAAAUCCAAAUUCAGUGCCCUUGGCCUGAAUAACAAUACUGAUCUGGUUGCACUAUCUGGUGCUCACACAUUCGGAAGGUCUCAAUGUCAGUUUUUCACCAAUCGAAUGUAUAAUUUAACUGAUUGCAGUACUAAUCCUCAACCAGAUGGAACCUUGAACUCAACUUAUCUACAAAAACUCAUAGAAUUGUGCCCUUGUAAUGGAAAUGGGAGUGUGCUAGUCGAUUUAGAUCCUACAACACCUGACGGUUUUGAUAGUAACUAUUACUCCAAUCUGCAAAUUGGCCAAGGCCUACUUGGGAGUGAUCAAAAACUGUUUUCGACUUCUGGGGCAGAUACCGUUGACAUUGUCAACAGCUUCAGUGCUAAUCAAACAGCUUUCUUUGAAAGCUUUCUUGUCGAUUUGCCGGCCUACUCUCCUAUUAAUGGAGUCUCAUUGAACCAAGCCUCAGGCUCCUUUACAUUCCAUAUCAUUUUUCUUACCCUCUUAAAAACAGUAUUAUAG